AUGCAAAGAGGGGAAGAGCUAUUAGAUUAUUGGAAAGCAACAUUGAAAGUGCUAAAUUCAUUUUGGGAAACAUGGAGGCGAGACUACUUGACCAGUUUAAGAGAGAGAACUCAAGUAGAACACCGAAAUCCCAGAGGCGCCGUUAACUACAGUCCACGUCUCAACGAAGUUGUUUUGAUCGACGAGAAAGAAAUACCACGUGGAGUGUGGAAAAUGGGAAGAAUAGUUAACGAAGAAGAUACUACGAAGGAAAAAAGAGAAAUGGUGACAGGAGAAUGUGAAGGUGAGGCUAAGAAAACAGCUGAAUCAACGGCUAUCAAUAACGACGGUCCUAUCUCCUCUAGGACAAGGAGUCACGACGUGGCGGCAAUCAAGCAACAAAUCAGCAAGCUGGAAAGUAACAAUCGUUUAGACGGAACGCUGGCCGGUGUUUUUCAGGCAGUGGUUCGCUAA